GGACCCAGUGCUACUGUACCCCCCAAUUGGGGUUUUAAAUGGUACUUGGAACGCCUUAUGUUUCUUAUCCUUUUUUCCUCUGUCUCUGUUUCGACCGUUUCUCUGAUUUUUGUAAGCAUGGAUCCGGUUGAGUGCCAUCGAUCGGCGGCUGAGUUGUUACAAGCUCAAACGCACAUCUACAACCACACCUUUAGCUUUAUCAACUCGAUGGCACUCAAGUCUGCUGUUGAGCUUGGAAUCGCCGAUGUUAUCCACACCCACGGCAAACCCAUCACCCUUGCUGAACUCGUUGCCGCGCUCAACAUUGGGACAACCAAGACGGCUUACGUGUAUCGGCUGAUGCGGGUGCUCGUCCACUCUGGUUUCUUCCGAGUAGUGGAAGAAGCUUACGUGUUAACACCAUCUUCGAAAUUGCUGGUCAAGGACGAUCCGAACUGCUUGUCUACCAUGGUGAAGAUGCUGACUCAACCUGAGUUCCUAACUCUGAGUCACGUCUUGAAAGAUUGGAUCAAGGAUGGCCAGGUUUCUUCCAGUACUACUACAGCAUUUGAGAAAGCACAUGGAAUGGCGUUUUGGGAGUAUGCCAAUGGAAAACUUGAAUUCAAUGCCCUUUUCAAUGAAGCCAUGGCUUGUGAUUCUGCCAUGAUGAACAUGACUGUGAGAGUCUGUGGAGUGGUUUUCCAAGGAAUUGAUUCUUUGGUUGAUGUUGGUGGAGGGACAGGGACAUUUGGCAGGAUAUUAACAGAGGCUUUUCCUGGUAUGAAAUGUAAGGUUCUUGAGCUUCCUCAAGUUAUUGAUCACUUGACUGGUACCUCGGGGAGCUUGGAGUUUGUUCAAGGUGAUAUGUUUCAACAUGUCCCUUCUGCCCACGCCGUCUUGCUCAAGAUUUUGCACGAUUGGAAUGAUGAAGAGUGUGUCAAGAUCCUGAAGAAAUGCAAGGAAGCAGUUUUGAGCAGAGGGGAGGGAGGGAAGGUGAUAAUCAUUGACAUUGUGAUGAACGAGAAGAAGGAUGAACAUGAAUUGGCUGGAACCAAGCUCUUGUAUGACUUGUUGAUGAUGUUGGUGGUUAAUGGGAAGGAGAGGAGCGAAAAAGAAUGGGAGAGGCUCUUCUUGGAAGCUGGUUUCAAGCACUACAAAAUCACUGCUCUGGUUGGCCUGAGGUCGCUUAUUGAAGUUUUUCCUUGAAAGGAAAAUAAAUAAUUUAUUUAUAAUUGUGUAUCCUAUAAAGGUUAAAUGCGUGUGAUUUUAGAGUGUGUUUCUUUAUUGGUAAGCUGUUUCAGUAUAUUACGUCGAAAACACAAUUACAUCAUCUAGCAACAGUUAGUCAACAAGAAAAUUAGCUGUCAGCUUAACUUUCCAAUGUCCCAAUGAGUCUCACUAUAUAUCAGUACUAGUAAUCCGCCCGCGCUCUGCCGCGGGAUACGUUUGAUUUGUGUAAUCUAUUGUUAUCGUGUUGAGUGGACACAUAAACAUGGCAUCUACAAAUCACAUCUUAAUAUUUGGAUUUGUACAUCAUGCA